AAUUACUUCUAAACACAAAAACAUAUCAAAAACAGAGUUACUCUGUUUUCUUUUUGUGAACAACUUCUUUCUCUUGAGUUACUUAACCAGCAACAUCAUGAGGAGCUUCUCAAAGAACAAAUUAUCUAGCUGUUUUCGCCCUGUCGUUGAUAUAGAUAACAUGCUUGAAUCUAAAGUUGCUGCUCAUCGCUCAGCGACUAAGCCUGUUUCGAAGUUUUCAAAGAGCUGGAUCAAAGUUUUGUUGUUGGAAACCAUAUUGAAUAGAAGAGCACAUCAUAAAAAUCGCUACGGCCUUGAUUGUUUUCGCGGGUCAAAGAAUAAUUAUUCGACACAUAAAAAAGAAACAAAACCCUCUUUAUCAACAUUAUCUACACACAGUUCAUCUAUUUCAAGCUCAAAGGUAUCACCAUCAAAAAACAUGUGCACCAAAGUGGAAGGAAAAAAAGCUAACCAUGGAAGCACACUACUAGAGAAGCAGAAGAAGUUUGAGUUCUAUGCAAUGUGUUUGGUUUUCAUAAGCUUGGUAUUUACAGUAUUUUGGGGGAAACUAUAUGGAAUUAUUUUGACAUCAAUAUUCCUCUACUUUUUCACUGUUUGCAACUCAAACUAUAGCGGCCAAAAGAACUACUACACCAAAUAUGGAUGUAAGGGUCAUUAUGGAAAGUGUGCUCAAAGUGAACUAUCAUAAUGAGCAUUUAUGUACUUCCUGAGACAAAGCAUUAUUAGGCACAGAUGGCAGUGACGGACCAAGUAAUUUUAGGAUGGGAAAUGUAACUGAAACACAGAUUCACAUUUAUGCUUUGAAGUACCGACACUCCUGUUAAAUAUGCUUGGAUCUCAUCAGAGUUUGUCCUAACAUAUUUAUACACUCAACAGUCCGGGAAUCUAAACAAAGUGAGAUUUCAAACAAACUCCGACAACACAACUACAUAGUGUAUGUUUGGUUUCAAUUCUGGAGCAUCCAGAAUUGAUUCUGGACGUGUAGAAUUGAUUCUGACUUGUUUGGUUUCUCAAAAGUAGAAUUGAUUCUGCCUCCAGAAUUGAUUCUACUUGAAGCUAGAAAUCGUAGCUUCUGAUUCUAGAAUUGAUUUUUACACUCAAA